CGAUGCACUUACCCCGGGCAGCAGACGGCAUCGCGAAGCAGGACUCCCCGCCGACCAGCGCAGCUCCGCCGUCCGACGGCAGCGCCGGAUCCCCGGCCAAAAUGUGCAGUGAAUGUUACGUGAACCAGACGUUUGUUCACGACGAUGGCACCGUAAACGAGCACCGACCACGUUCCUCCGCAGCCCCCGUCCAGACCAAGCGCAGCAGCAACAGCAGCGGGGUUAUCUUAGACAUCAGCGCCCUGAAGAUGGAGCAGCUGGAGAGUGAGGUGCCUCCGCUGCCCCCCCGUUUCCGCUUCAGAGACCUGCUGCUGGGGGACCAGGGCUUCCAGAACGACGACAGGGUGCAGGUCGAGUUUUACGUGAAUGAAAACACCUUCAAGGAGCGUCUGAAGCUCUUCUUCAUCAAAAACCAAAGAUCAAGCCUUAGGAUCCGCGUGUUCAACUUCUCUUUGAAGCUCCUCACCUGUUUGCUUUAUAUCAUCCGGGUGAUGACCGACAACCCCGGCCAGAGCGCCGGCGCCAACCACGGGCAGCAGAACGCUCCCAGUGGCAACAACAAAUGUGUGGACUGCCUGUCAAGCAGCUCAGUGCAGGACAGAGAAAUUAACUGGGAGUUGAUCUUCUGGGUGGACAGGAAGGUUCCUGUUUGGGCCAUUCAAGUGAUUGUGGCCAUCAUUAGCUUCCUGGAGACCAUGCUGCUGAUGUAUCUGAGCUACAAGGGGAACAUUUGGGAGCAGAUAUUCCAGGUUUCUUUUCUUCUGGAGAUGAUCAACACGGUUCCCUUCAUCAUUACGAUCUUCUGGCCCUCUAUAAGGAACAUCUUCAUUCCUGUGUUCCUCAACUGCUGGCUGGCUAAAUGCGCUCUGGAGAACAUGAUCAAUGACGUCCACAGGGCGAUCCAGAGGACCAACUCCGCCAUGUUCAACCAGGUCCUCAUUCUCAUCUGCACGCUGCUCUGCCUCGUCUUCACCGGCACCUGUGGGAUUCAGCACCUGGAGCGAGCGGGGAAGAACCUCUCCCUCUUCAACUCCUUCUACUUCUGCAUCGUGACCUUCUCCACCGUGGGCUUCGGGGACGUGACGCCGCGCAUCUGGCCGUCGCAGCUGCUGGUGGUCAUCAUGAUCUGCGUGGCGCUGGUGGUGCUGCCGCUGCAGUUCGAGGAGCUGAUCUACCUGUGGAUGGAGAGGCAGAAGUCCGGCGGGAACUACAGCCGCCACCGGGCGCAGACGGAGAAGCACGUGGUGCUGUGCGUCAGCUCGCUGAAGAUCGACCUCCUCAUGGACUUCCUCAACGAGUUCUACGCUCAUCCCAGACUGCAGGACUACUACGUGGUGAUCCUGUGCCCGUCUGAAAUGGACCUCCAGGUGAGGCGGGUGCUGCAGAUCCCGCUGUGGUCCCAGAGAGUCAUCUACCUGCAGGGGUCCGUCCUCAAAGACCAGGACCUGCUGAGAGCCAAGAUGGAUGAUGCGGAGGCUUGUUUCAUUCUGAGCAGCCGUAAUGAGGUGGAUCGCAUGGCUGCGGACCACCAGACCAUCCUGAGAGCCUGGGCCGUGAAGGACUUCGCUCCAAACUGUCCCCUGUACGUUCAAAUACUCAAACCGGAGAACAAGUUUCAUGUUAAAUUUGCAGAUCACGUGGUGUGUGAGGAGGAGUUCAAGUACGCCAUGCUGGCCCUGAACUGCGUGUGCCCCGCCACCUCCACCCUGGUCACGCUCCUCGUGCACACCUCCCGCGGACGAGAGGGCCAGCAGUCUCCGGAGCAGUGGCAGAGGAUGUACGGCUGUUGCUCCGGCAACGAGGUCUACCACAUCCGGGUGUCCGACAGCAAGUUCUUCGGCGAGUACAACGGGAAGAGCUUCACCUACGCCUCCUUCCACGCUCACAAGAAGUACGGCGUCUGCCUGAUCGGCAUCAAGCGGGAGGAGAACAAGAGCAUCCUGCUGAACCCCGGCCCGCGCCACAUCAUGGCCGCCACCGACACGUGCUACUACAUCAACAUCACCAAGGAGGAGAACUCCGCCUUCAUCUUCAACCAGGAGGAGCGCAAGGGCCGCCCGGCCGGGGGCCUCUACGACGGGCCCUCGCAGCUGCCCGUGCACAGCAUCAUCGCCAGCAUGGGGACCGUCGCCAUCGACCUGCAGAACACCAGUCCGCCGGACCCGUCCGGCGGGAAGCUGGUGCCGCCCACGGUGAACGGGACGGGCGGCCGGCGGCCCAGCAUCGCGCCGGUGCAGGAGAUAGCCGACUCCACCUCCAUCCUGCCGUGUGACCUCCUGAGCGACCAGUCGGAGGACGACUCCGUCUUCACGGACGAGAAGGGACACUCGCCUACUGAGUAUGUGAAGGGUUACCCCCCUAACUCUCCGUACAUCGGGAGCUCGCCCACCCUGUGCCACCUGUUGGCUGAGAAAGCCCCGUUCUGCUGCCUCCGGCUGGACCAGGGAUGCCGCCACAACAGCUUCGAGGACGCCAAAGCGUACGGCUUCAAGAACAAGCUCAUCAUCGUGUCGGCCGAGACGGCCGGCAACGGCCUCUACAACUUCAUCGUGCCCCUCAGGGCGUAUUACAGACCCAGGAAGGAGCUCAACCCCAUCGUGCUGCUGCUCGACAACCCGCCCGAUAAUCACUUCCUGGAGGCCAUCUGCUGCUUCCCGAUGGUCUACUACAUGGCUGGGACCAUCGACAACCUGGACAGCCUGCUGCAGUGUGGGAUCAUCUACGCCGAUAACCUGGUGGUUGUGGACAAAGAGAGCACGAUGAGCGCCGAGGAGGACUACAUGGCCGACGCCAAGACCAUCGUCAACGUCCAGACCAUGUUCAGGUUGUUUCCCAGUCUGAGUAUCAUCACUGAGCUGACUCAUCCGUCCAACAUGAGGUUCAUGCAGUUCAGAGCCAAGGACUGCUACUCGCUGGCUCUGUCCCGGCUGGAGAAGAAGGAGCGUGACAAAGGCUCCAACCUGGCCUUCAUGUUUCGCCUCCCGUUCGCCGCGGGGAGAGUCUUCAGCAUCAGCAUGUUGGACACCCUGCUCUAUCAGUCUUUUGUGAAGGACUACAUGAUCCUGAUCGCCAGGCUGCUGCUGGGUCUGGACACCACCCCGGGAUCCGGUUACCUCUGUGCCAUGAAGGUGAAGGAGGAGGAUCUGUGGAUCGGUACUUACGGGAGGCUGUUCCAGAAGCUCUGCUCCUCCAGCGCCGAGAUCCCCAUCGGGAUCUAUCGCACCGAGUCCCACAUCUUCUCCACCUCGGAGUCCCAGGUGUCGGUCAGCGUGGACGACUGCGAGGACACGAAGGACAGGACGGACGAGUCCCGCGGCGCCGAGCAGUCGGAGCAGCAGCCGCUGCGGAGGAAGAAGAGCAUGCAGUGGGCGAGGCGGCUGAGCAAGAAGAGCGUGCGGUGGCAGGGCGCGAGCCGGGACUCCAGCCGGGACCACGCCCAGCGCAUCGCCCAGCAGCGCCUCAGCCUCUACCGGCGCUCCGAGAGGGAGGAGCUGUCCGAGCUGGUCCGCAACCGCAUGCGGCACCUGGGCCUGCCCACCUCCGGAUAUGAAGACCUGUCGAACCUGACGGCCAGCGACGUGAUGAACAGAGUCAACCUGGGCUACCUGCAGGGUCGCUACCACCCCCGUCCACACACACACACACACACUCUUCCUCUGUACACCGGGUUUUCUCUGCCUGCUCAUGGAGUCGGUGUUUCUGUUGCAGAUGAACAGAACGAUCACCAGAACACUCUGUCCUACGUCCUGAUCAACCCCUCCCCCGACACCAGGCUGGAGAUCAACGACAUUGUGUACUUGAUUCGUUCGGACCCCCUGGCCCACGUCCCGGAGGAGCCCCCCGUCCACAGCAGCAGCCUGAAGGAGCGGCGUGAGUUCAGCAUCGAGGCCAGAGAAGACACCCAGCUCUGAAUCCAGGCCGGGCUCGG